UUUGUACGCCGCCCUCAUCACUCUCCCUCCAAAGCCCGUUUUCCCUCGCUCUUAUUUUCUGAAACUGCGCUCAGUGUCCGUGCUGCUCCUGAGUUGAAUUGUUGCAGUGGAUCUCCGCCUUUCAGAUUUGCAAGCUAAGGAGGCUACUUCGGCAUUCUUUUGUCGAUUGUAGCGUCUUUGAUACUUUCUUUUUGACGAGGGUCUGGAUCCGCAACUCCAGCGAGGGAACCCCUUCUGGCUUGAUAACAAGCGUAUGAUAUAUUUUUGAGAGCUGCAUCGGAGUGCUGUAGAUAUAUUCAAGGGAUUGGAACUCGAAGAUGCCUAAAGUGGACCUUCUGUGAGAUUCACGAAAUUAUGACAGCUUGGAUCAAAUCUUUGAGUUCUUCUCGGGGUAGAUUAUUUUGUGAUCGAUUGACUGUGCUGAAUUUGAGUUAUGAAGAUGGGGUUGUUAGCCCUUGGCCGGCAACGGUUGAAGCGCCUUGCAGUAUUGAUUGAUGUCCAAGUAUACGCCCAGAGAAACAACAAUGCUUCACAGGCGUACGUAAAUCUCAUCCGUUGCUGUAUCGAGCGGAUUUUAUCAAUGUGCAAUGAUAACAGCACUGGGCAUCAGAAAAAUGUUAAUUGGGGUUUUAAGCUCUUUGAUUCUUCAUUGUCGCCAUUGGCGUCAAGUUCCAUGAUACAGAGGCUCUUAAAAAAAACAGAAGCGUUUGGGCAAGAGCCUUAUGGUCGAACCAAAACUGCUGAGGAAAAACUCGACCUUUUCCAGCAAUCACUUUCUGUAGUAGCCACUGAGGUCAGCAGCAAAAGUUGUGAUCCAUGUCAGCAAUCUCGGAGCAAAUGUGAGUUCGUAAUCAGAGCUCUACAAGAGCUUCUCUCAGACUUCACAUGGGAUUCUGUAUCUAUGAGUGAUGGAUCUUCCUCCGACGAAGACCAGGUCAAGAGAGCCGGUGAAUGCCUAGGUGGCUCUGUUUGGAGUACUCAACAGAAUUUGGUUGUGGUGUUUUCCCAUCUGCCUGACAAUAUGAAGCAAUUUGCAGAUUUUAUGAACUUGCCUAUUUCUCAGUAUUCAACUAGGGACAGAGAGAUACUGAAAGCCUUCUCAUCGAAGAUGAAGAAACUACAAGACCCCUUCCGGCAGAAGGGCAUUCAUGCUUGCUGGAUCGACAUGCCCCGUGUAUCUACAUCGUUGCUAAAUCAAGGUAAAGGACUGCCUGUCUCAAUUGGACCGGACCGAAGACCCGAGAAACAGGAGCUUCAUGAGGUCUUUGCACUAGCGAAGUGGAAGUACACGUCAAUGGAUGCUCUCGCAAUUGCCUCGGAUUGCAUUCCUCUACCCAUCCUUUGGUCUUCAGUUGCUUAUCCUGAUCUGCAAGUUCGACCCAAAGCUCCAAGGUUGCAAGCUAAGCUUCGAUUCAGCAUUAUCGGCAGAGAUGGGACACAACUUCAACCCGAAGUGUGUAAGCUGGAGGCGGUCGCACUGGACUCAAAUGUUGUUGGCAGUUCUUUGAUUAAAGAUAGCAUAUCUGCAGCGUUAAAGUCGGGUUCAUCGUCCACGAAAGUUGGAAAGUUGUCGACACCAAAAUGCCCGUCCAAAGAAGCACCCGUAGUGAAGAUUGUCGUUAAGUCUCUGUUGCAAAAGCAAAAUUUACAUUUCAGAUGUUCUCUACGUUAUCUUCUAUACCAUGGGGUAGGAAACGGAGGCGACUGCACGACUAAGCGCAAGUCGGCAUCUGCUGGAAAUGGAGUUGAGGAGCCAAAUUCCCUCGCGGAUGAUGCUUCUUACUGUAUUAACGGGGUUGACAUUCUCCAACAGCUGCAGCAAAACCCGAUGGGCUUUGAACCAGGACAACGUACCUGGCAGGUGUUCCUUGUUACCAUUGCACGGAAAGGAAGUGUUGCUGAAGUUGAUCUCUAUGAAGAUGGGGUUUGCAGCUCAGCUAUCCUUGAGCCUAUCAGUGCUGAGUAUGCUGCCUUGUUACAAAAGGAUUCGUCAUCCAGACGCUUGAGCUCUGACUGCACGGAGCAGUUUGCCGUUCAACAGGCUAUAUCAAAAUCAUCACCGCUGUUGCUGACUACUGUAGAGAGUGUGAAAGAUCUCGACACGCCAGGUAGUGAAUGUCCUCGAGCCCAGAAGGAUUUGAGGCCCCAAAAACGUCCUGCUGAAGCCAUGUCAUGUGAAGUAGACCCCCCUGCGAAGAAGGGGAGAUAUCUAGGUGGGAGUGAACAGAUGUCUAACUGCGCUGAGGAGAUGAAUCCCAUCAAGAGGGAUGUGUACAGCUGGACUCAACAUUGGCGGCAUAUACUUCGCAGGAGAACGCUUGGCUCUGGGAAGGUCAAAAUAGAAAAUUCAUACUUGCGACCUGGUCCAGGGAAAAAGCCAUCGAAAGCCAUGCUAAUAAUCAAAUGUUGGUUGGAUCAGGUGGCUAAACCUAAGCCCUUGAUGGAGCAGCAACCCGCCCCUGUCACACCAGUUCUAACAGGUCAUGCUGAAUCAGACGUAGGAGAGAAAGGGGUCGACGGCGGAUCCAGUCCAGUUAGAUCACCUAAGAAUGAGUUAAUCCCUUUCAAAGGGAGGGAGCUCUUUUCAUCUGUGUUGGAUACUGCAGAGGAGGCAGAUGCAUAUUUGUCAUCGAUUGAACAAAUGUUGCAAGAUUGCCUACAAAGCGACUCUGGGGAUCUGCUGGUAUUUGUCAAAGGAAUCAUGUCUAAUGGAAUCAAGGCACAGAGUAUUCUUCUCUACAGAAACCAAAGUAUGGGACUGGUACGACCCUUGAGUGAAAACAUACAGCAAAUCAAGGAUGAGUACAUGUUAGUACACGGCAAUGGUCAGGGGAUUUCAAAGAAAACGGACAUUUUGAAACCAUUCAACUCUGUCUCUAGCUGCAACUUACCAAGAGUUGAGAAAGCUGAGCACAGAAGUGAAAUUAAUAGUUCAACUAUGCAUGACAUGUUGUGUUCUGCCUCCGGAGUGAUGAAUUGUGCCAUGCCUGUCAGCAACAGCGUUGAUUUUGGAGGAGCGUCAGAUGGUGCAGACUGUACAGCAGAUAGUAAAGCCUACGUAGGGAAGACGGGCUUGGCACUAUGCGUUGCUGGCAGUAGAAACUAUCACGAGCCACCGAAUGAGUCUCAAAUCGUAUUAAACUUAGCGCCCCCAUGUGAUACGGUUGCCAACCAGCUGAUGGAUAAGCUGCUGUUGAAACCGAAGAAAUUGGCUAGAAAAUUCACUGACUGCGAUUCUAGCAAUGCGAACGGCGCGCACAUUCGUAAGGAGAAGCUUAGGGCCUAUGAAUUGCAAAUCUUAUUCCGAAUGGAAAUGAUUGAGCGUGAUUGGGGUCGGCCUUCAGACAAGGAAAAGUCCAGAAUCGUGAAGGAAAUAUGCAGGCUCUUGGAUGACAUCCAAUUUGACUUGGGAGGUGGUGUUUUUGGUGGUGAGAGUCUACACGAUUACAGUAUUCGAGUAAUGUACAACAGGUACAAGGAGAGCCUCCCUCAGACAAUAGCGGACAUUUUUGAGAGAAUGGAGUUUAAUGGGUAUAUGGAGGGCGUAUCUGAUUUGCAACUGGUUCCUGCAGACUCGAUUGUACAGGUAGGAAUUCACGACCAAAAAGACUCAGAAGGAGUAGAGAUUACGGAUCAGUUCGCAACAACUGAUACAGUCACCGGAUUGAUUAUUCCUGAUGUACAAUCCUUGGUAGAAAAAGAUCAAAGUGAUUUCACUCGCACAUCAAGCAAAGGUCCGAUCAAAAAACGGCGCAAACGUUCUACCCCUAUGGACGCCUUCACCCGGGCUAGUGAGAAACGAAAACUGGCCAGCAGGCUCGCCCACUUUGGAGGUCCAGAUUCUCUUUCUAGGUUAAAGAAGAUCAAACUUCAUAACCAACCAUCUAGAGCACCUAAGGUCAAUAGCCCUUCGAAUGAUAAGGUGCAAUCAAGAGAACGUAAUGUGGUGCUUGAGACUCCAAGGUUCGAACGCCAGAAGGAGAGGGAGGAAAGGAUUGAUGAAGAAGGUGUCGAGUCCAUUUCCACGCGACCUUUAACAUCGACGUUUGGAUUCGGGACGCCGGCAAGAGUAUCCAAAUGUGUACAGUCGACAACAAGAAAGAGACGACUGGCCUUAUUCACUCAAAAAAAACCUCCAGGAAGAGGUUUGCCGCGGAUACCACCGGAUGUUAUGAUGGCCAUGGCUGAAGAUGGAACCUUGCAUCAUUCUAAUAAAUCAGAUCAUCAACGUGUCUCGGAGUUUCGAGCACAAAACGAUUGUAACGAGGGUUCAGGUUCCUUGUACAUGUCACAAACUUCCCACGAACAGGGUUUGCUAGACUCUAUGAACAAGGGGCAGUUGCCAGUGGAUACCCGGGAAGAUUCGGGAGCAACGACAUUUGACCCUGCAGACUUGACGGGAUGGGUCUUAAGACCACAGUGUGAUCGAAGCAGGCCAGCAAAGAACGUUCCAGGAAUUUUAGGAUGUGCAGGAUCAGAGACUCUUGACUCCGCAGGACAGGCGUUAUCAAUCUCUAAAAUAAAUGAAGAAAACAGCUGCCAAGCUGCAUGUGCUACCCCUGCAGAGGCGGCCGUGAACUAUCAAGUUAAUGAUAUAAAACAUGCUACAUCGGCUGAUACCAGAUCCGUCCCAUCCAGGAGAAAUAGACGCAAAUCACUGUACACUUCUAAGUCAAGAAAACCAGAUGAUUUAGCAGUCUUCUCACAGGCUCCUAAUUCUCCAACUGGUACUCAAACAUUGUCUCUUCAAAUCAAGGAACGUAACUCCCCUCGAACUGGGCAUGCUACCCAAGAUCUAGAAAGAACAGCACAACCAUUACGGAAAGCUGAUGGUUCUCAGUCGAUUGAUUUGGCCAGCUCAGAGAACAGGUGGAACAUCGAGGAUAUUUCCUUGUCGUCGCCCACGGAGGAACCAAUGAACUGUGUGUCUGGUUUCAAAUCUGCUCAGGGCAUGGAGGAGGAGACGGAAGUUGCUGAGGUAGCUGAGGAAACCGAGGUGAACAGUUUAAGUUGUAGGGUUGAAAAUAAGCAUGGGUUUUUACGUGCAUCUCAUUCUGAGGAGCUUACGUCCAGUUCGUUACCUACGGCUUCCUUUACCAACUGUUCUGAACUGGAUGGUGACACUGAGGUUCUAUUGCAGACGCAGAUUGUAGAAGAGGUCUGGAACCAUGAAUGUCCAACAGUUUCUAAUCUUAGAACUAGUUCUUCUACAAGAAUCCCUGAUGAGGUAAUGCUCUGCUUAUCGCCGUCGAAGUCGCUAAACACUUGGGAUGUGCCAUGUACGGAUCUUAGCAAAUCUCCGAAUUCCGAGCAAGUGGUUCGGACUGGCGCUUCACGAAUGUCACCUUCACCUACCAAGUCAGAUAGCUUGAGAAUUCGGAGCCGGCACGCAGGGUCGCCCUUACUAAUCAAUCGAACCUCUAAAGUCUGCCGCAUUCUAUCCUCACCACUGGCUCAUAAGCCGGCAAUUGAGGAUGACUUGAAAUCAUUGAAAACUUCUGACCUUUCUUCAGAAGACCUAACUGGGGACCUUGAUUUUUCUCAAGUUAUCAACGAAAUUUUCCAGUCUACGAAGGGCACUGAGCGAAAGUGUGUUGAUGAGCAGCAAGAACUUACUGUUCAUGAGGACGUUGAUUGGCUCGAUGAUUUGCCAGAGCUUAAUGGAGUUUGGAGUCCGAUACCACGGUUGAAACCAGAAGCAAGGAUAGGCACCAGCUAUCCUACAUCCCUCCAACGGAAAAAAGUGGAACUUGACGAGGAUCCAAGUGCAAUUAUUGCAGGCGGGAGCCCGAUCAAGUUCUCUUCACCAACAUUGAAUAAAAAGUUUAGCCGUUCUUCAGUAGAAUCUCCAGGACAGUACAUGCUGUCUCCUGAUGCUGUAGGAAACUCCAAGAAAAGACUUCGGAGCACCACUGCUUCUCCCAAACAGAGCAAUGCUAAAAUGCUAAGAUUCUCUUAGAAGGAGCGUCACCCUACGUUUACCAUCACCUAAUCUAAACUUCAAUCGUGAUUCAACAUGUCAAGGAGAUGAACAGAGUGCUUACUGUACAGGUAGGGUUUCUCGAUGGUGUACAUUUCAGCUGUAUCCUUGUCAGUCGCUGAUAAGUUGAAAGAAUUCCGUCUGCCGAACCAUUAGGACGCACUGUGUCAGCUGGAAGUUUUUUCAGAUCAUCGAGACGCUAGAAUUCUGAAGGUGAGCGUCGUAUGCUUCGUCCCUACCAAGCAGUGACCCCACCUCCACGUGAUCACGAAGCAACUUCAAGCUGCAGAAUUUGUUCAUUUCCAACUUCUUUAUCAUAGAUAUGACAUGUGGUCAUCAGAAAGUGAAUCGAUAGCUUUUUGCAACACGAUCUCUGUGGGUUGCAAUUGCCUCAUGUAAAGCUUUUGCGGCUCCAUAUCAACGAGAUGGUGCCAGCAGUUUAGGGUCCCUAUCCACAGCACUUUCGGGGUGCAAUUCUACGUUGGAACACAUCAUGUAUCAAUUCCCAUUGUAUUCCAACUAUUCAAUCAUUUCUGUUUUCAUACAGAUCUUUGUACUCAA